AUGACCCUGGGAAAUCAACUAUUAUAUCAAACUCCUCAUGCAUCCUACGAAUAUAUGAGCAUGAAUCCAUCAGACGAAAUAUCAAAGCAUGUUGAAUGUCUUAAAACACGUUUAAAUUUCGCUCGCUUCAAAGUACGAAAUGGAUGGGAAAAAAAUACAUUAUUUGACGUGGAAUCAUUGUGGAAACAACGCCGACGUCAACUCAUCAAUGAUAUACCAACGCCUCGAUUUACCCAGCAGGACAUUAUCGAUAAACGCGCUUAUUUUCCAUCGACGGGCGCGCGAACCGCCAAACAUAUCAAAAAAGCGAAAUUAACGCGUUCGUUGUCGAGUCCUGCAUCAGCAUCCAAUGAGGAGUUUUCCAUGGAUACUUUGGCUAUGGCCUGUGCGACCAUUGGAUACAAAUCCCGAAACGCGACUCUUCGACGAAAAAGUCACCCACCCUCACGUUCCAAAACAAUCGCCGUCGAUACCGUCACCCAUUUCCCAAACCACUCGCUACCCCAGAAUCUUUCCACCCGUCAGACCGUGCCAUAUGAACGAAAACUGUGGCAUCACUCGGCAGGUGGCAAGUCCACUUUUGAUCACGAUCAUUCUUCAUUUGACGCUGCCAAUGUUCCAUUCACAACGGAUGAGGAGCCCCAAGUAAAAAAUUCGCUUGAUUUCCUUUCCUAUGCUAUUGCUAUGAGAGAAGAACGUGACGAUCACAAUAUUACACAAUCGCAACCAUUGCCCGAGCCAUGCAGCUCUCAGGAAAUUGAUAUCGACGAUCAAGGCAGAAUGACAUUAUCAAGCGGAGAUACGGAAAGUGAAGACACCAUGAGCCCGCCUUCAUCACCCGCCACUGCUGCUGCUCAAGCUAUUAUGAUGUUUGUCAACGGCAAUCAGGAACCGAUCUAUUAG